AUCCGUGGCAAGAGCAAAGGCAACGUUAUAUCAAUUGGAACGAUCAUGCUUCAGGUGGUUAUGCAGUUUAUUUUCCGCGCUAUCCAUUACCUCGGCAUCACCGAGCUUGAAAUGGCGAAGCUCGCUUUUGCGGUUCUCAGUUUUCUCACAUAUCCGAUGUGGUGUGAUAAGAAGCCUUUGAAU